AUGUCCGAACUCCCGAACAUGGCGAUCUCCGAUCACGACCAUAGCGCCGAGAGUGAAAACGAACUCGAAGCCACCGAGCUUUCUGAAGAAAACAUUCUUGCCGAUUAUGACGAAGAUUCAGAUGAAAUCGAAUUAUUACACAUGCGCCUUAAGGAUAUACCUAGUCUAGGUCUCGAAAAAUUUCCAAAUAUAAAGAAAUUAUGUCUCAGGCAAAAUCGAAUCGCCCGAAUCGAAGGGCUCGAGUCCUUAACAGGUCUAAUGGAUCUGGAUUUUUAUGAUAAUCGGAUAUCUCGUAUUGAGAAUUUAGAACAAUUGACUGAUUUGGAAUCGUUGGACUUCUCUUUCAACACAAUCCGUGAAAUCGAGAAUCUAGAGGCCCUCACGAGGUUAAAAAAUCUGUAUUUUGUUCAAAAUAAGAUAUCCAAAAUUAAAAACCUCGAUACACUUACCGACCUAAUAAACUUGGAACUUGGUGCAAAUCGAAUUCGAGUGAUCGAAAAUUUGAAUAAUUUAGUUAACUUGGAACAACUUUGGCUAGGAAAGAAUAAAAUCACAGAACUGCAGAACCUGGAAAAUCUGAAAAAUCUCAAGAUUCUAAGCAUUCAAAGUAAUCGCAUAACAAGAAUCAAAGGUUUGGAAGGAUUGGUUAAUCUGGAGGAGUUCUAUAUAAGUCAUAGUGGUAUCAACGAAAUUGAGGGAUUUGAAAAUAAUCUAAAAUUGAGAGUUAUUGAUGUUAGCAAUAACUACAUUAAGAAAAUUGAGAAUAUCUCACACCUGACAAAUUUGGAGGAGUUUUGGGCUAGUAAUAAUCAGAUAGACGACUUUGAGGACCUCGUUAAACUCCGGAACCUUGAUAACCUGACGACAGUCUAUUUCGAAGGGAAUCCCAUACAAACCGAAAAUCAAACCACCUAUCGGCUUAAGGUGAAAACCUAUUUGCCCCAGCUCAUGCAGAUAGACGCCACGUGA